AUGAACGCCCCAGAAAACAACUCACAAGUACCUAGCGAUGUGGAUGGCAUAUUUAGAUACAAGACUAUCUUCCCUCUUUCCAUAAGUGCUUAUACAACACUGGUGUUUCAAUGGGUCGUCUACACUGUUGUUUGUCAAACUAUUGAUGUUUUUGGCUUGGUAACAAACAUCAUCAACAUCGUUUGUUUUGUCAAACAAGGUUUUAAGGACCCAGUCAACAUAAGUCUACUUG